CCACUCCUAAUAUCGAUGCCAAAUGAAAGUAUCUGCCCUAGUGAUGAAUUCAUGGAGUAUGUAACACAACAUGAAGUUGUAAAUGCAUAGUAACAAGAUUUUGAUGUGUUGGGAAAGUGUUUCACUAUAUUAGGUCCUGUGAUUGUUUCACAAUAAAUGAUCCUGCGGUUUGACUGAUUUGACAAAUAUAGAUGAGAGGUGAGGACAAGAAUGAAGACCAGGAGGGCUCAAAAGACAAGACACAGAAGCAGAAGAAAAACAAAAAGGAACGGCAAGAUGUGGAAAAACUCGAGGCCACAGUAUCUGUUCCUCCUCCCCCGCGCCUCUUUACGCAGGGGGAUGUCGGACAACAGGCGGAGGCAGGGAAGUCUGAACCCAUUGACCCCGAAGUUGGAGCCGCUCUCAGCGCUCCAGAAUCUUCUGCAUCAGCCAAGCAGCGGCGCUCCAUCAUUCGGGACAGAGGCCCACUGUAUGACGACCCUUCACUGCCUCAAGGCUGGACGCGCAAGCUGAAACAGCGCAAGUCGGGCCGAUCUGCUGGCAAAUUUGAUGUCUACCUGAUCAACCCAGAAGGGAAAGCCUUCCGUUCCAAAGUGGAGCUCAUGGCGUACUUCCAAAAGGUGGGCGACACCACCACGGAUCCCAAUGACUUUGACUUCACAGUCACGGGCCGGGGAAGCCCAUCUCGUAGAGAAAAGAGACCGCCAAAGAAGCCUAAAGUGGUCAAACCCUCCGGUCGCGGGAGGGGUCGCCCAAAAGGCAGCGGAAAGGUACGGCAGGCUACGGAAGGCGUGGCGGUAAAGCGUGUCGUAGAAAAGAGUCCGGGAAAACUCCUCGUAAAGAUGCCCUUUGUUGCACCUAAAACUGAACAGGGGGCGCCAUUGGGGCAAGCGGCAGUUGCCAAAGUGCGCCGAGGGCGCAAACGGAAAUCGGAACAGGAACCGCCGAGCACCCCCAAAAAACGUGGCCGCAAGCCAGCAGCUGCUUCUCAGUCAGCGGUAGGGACAGGCUCAGCCGCCGCGUACGCCGCCGCGGCCAUUCUCUCCGCAGAGGCCAAGAAAAAAGCUCAGAAGGAGUCUUCCUUAAAGCCUGUUCAGGAGAGGGCGCUUCCUAUCAAGAAACGCAAAACUCGAGAGACUUUAGAGGAGCUGGAGGGAUCCACCACCUCUGGAACCACACCGACGGAGACGUUUGCAAAACGACUGAUUACUUCAACUGUGACCCCUACAGGUGAGGAGGUAGAAACGGGACAGAGGCUUCACAAGCAUCCCGGUCGGAAGCACAAAGAGGCAUCCGCGGACCCAGGGAACGGCAGCAGCAGCAGCGGCAGCGGAACGGCAACCAGCGGCGGAGGAUUGAAGAGUCACAAGAAGAGAGAUCAGCGAGGGCAGCACUUUAAACACCACCACCAUCAUCACCACCACCAACACCACCACCUGCAGGCCAUGCCGCCCUCCACCUACACUCCGCAGGCUCACCAGCUCUCCCUGGGUCACUCCACGCACGGGGGGCCGCCGGCGCCUGCGACCAUGGAGAACGAACCCCAGGACUUAAGCACCUCCAGGCCGAAAGCGGAGCACGUGGCCUGCAGGGAGGAGGCGAGAACUGACAGGGACGCUCAGAACGCAAGCAAGACGACUGUGAUGGGAGAAGGCAAGGAGAUGAGGGACAUUGUUCCUCCCUCCGCCGUCCCGAGGCCGAGCCGAGAGGAAACUGUCGAGUCCCGGACACAAGUGAGCGAACCCGUGAGCUGACUGACUAAGUGACCGAUUGGCAGCGGCGGCGUCGUCGCCGCGCGUGAAGAAGCGGAGGCGGUCGCAGCAAGACGAGUGAUAUUUCGUUCUUUUUUACUGAGGAAAAAGGAAACAAAAAUAUACAAAAAUGUAAACGUACUGAAACAAAAGGCAGCUGUUGUGUCUCGUUCUCUCUGUGGGUUGGACGCGGGGAGAUGAUUCUCUUGCUUCCGGAUGAAUUCUCUGCUAAACCUUUUUCUUUAUGGUUUCCUUUUAUUUCCCACUAUAUCUUUGUAUUAGUAUAUCUUAGCACUCACUUAGACCCCGUAUUCCUUUGUCAGUGCUUGUAGGACGUAGAAACGCACUCAAGUGGUAACGGAUGCCCAAGUCACACGCCAUAGUAAGUGAAACUUUCGGAUCAAAUUGUUCUCGAAGGAACUAAAAUGCCUCGUCGUCAUGUCAUCUCAACCCUAGCAAAAAGGUGUCCUAUCAGUGUGUUCUUCCUUUUGUGUCAUUUAACGAAGGGGCAAAUCAGACGUUAAGAGAAAAAAAGGCCACAUUUCCGAUCUCCACCUUUCCAUUUGAGUCGGACACAGCUGUUGCAGUUUAACGCUAGUUUAACUCAGACAGAAAAGAACUUCCUAGUUGUGGGUUUGUGCCAAGCUGACAUUUCCAGCCUGUUGACCUGUGAAGAUCAAUUGAAUUCAGUAGUAUUAUUUCCUUUUGCCUUGUUGGUAUUUUUAGCGCACAUAUGUAUGUUCAUUACGAGUAGUUCGUUUAACCUAAUCACCGUUUCGGAGGUGCCUGAGAAAAUGCCACUUCAUUUUCUUUGGUGGGGCCGAUAAAGCACAAAUGUAUUUGUUGGGGAAUAUUGAAAGCACAGUCCAGUGUAGCGUCUGGAGUAGAUGUUAACUCAAGUCAAAGAAUAUUAGAAGAGGAAUUUGUUACGUUUUCCUGCUUUUUCCCAUUAAGUACAAUUUAAAUAGUGGCCUUGUGUUCUUGUGACACAGA